GAGCGAGAGAGAGAGAGAGAGAGAGAGAGAGAGAGAGAGAGAGAGAGAGAGAGAGAGAGAGAGAGAGAGAGCGAGAGAGAGGGCGAGCGAGCAGCGGUGUGCAUGUGUACUCGUGUUUCUGCAGGAGACAGCGCUGGGUGUGUGAUGGCUCUUUAGUACUUGUGCAGACAGGAGAGUUGGAGGCAGAUCCUUUGUGGGAGUCGCGGGGAAUGGCAAACUACGCCUUAUCCUUGGAAACAUAGGAAGAGUGACAAUGGCUGAGGCUAUCUGCUGCACUUUGGUUAACUGUAACUGUGACAGCUUCAAGCCGGGGAAACUGAAGAGAAGACAGUGUGAAAACUGCAGACAUGGCUGGGUAGCGCACGCUCUGAGCAAACUGAAGGUUCACCACAUGUACCAGAGCAGCCAGGUGGAGAUCGUCCAUUCCAACGUGGUGUUUGACAUCUGCAGCCUGAUGCUGUACGGCACGCAGGCCAUCCCCGUCCGCCUCAAGAUCCUCCUGGACCGCCUCUUCUCCGUCCUCAAGCAGGAGGAGGUCAUCCAGAUCCUCAACGCCCUCGACUGGACCCUUCAGGACUACAUACGAGGCUACGUACUGCAGGACGUAGCCGGUAAGGUGCUGGACCGCUGGGCCAUAAUGACGUUCGAGGAAGAGAUCGCCACUCUGCAGCAGUUCCUGCGCUUUGGCGAGACCAAGUCCAUCGUGGAGCUGAUGGCCCUGCAGGACAAAGAGGGCCAGGCGGUGUUGGUGCCCAGCACGCGCACCAACUCAGACAUUCGCACCUUCAUCGAGCGCAGCACGCCACGCGCCGCCCCCGCCACCAGCCCCAGCCUCUCCUCCUCCUCCUCGCCCACGCCGAAGGUGGAGAAGAUUGGCGGCGACGGGCGCACCAACGUGCACCACUUUGAGAACUUUAUCAACAGCAUGGCGUUCAUGCUGCCCUUCCAGCUGCUGGGCUCCAUCCCCGCGCCGCUCCUGGGCUCACACCCGGGAUCGCUCGGGUCGCGGCACCCACCCAUGCACCAGCAGUCCAUCCUUGGGGGGCUGGAGCAGCAGCAGCAGCAGCAGCCGGGCCUGCAGGGCCUGAGGCGAGAGGACCAGGGCCCAGAGUGCCACGGGGGAAAGGAGAGCGACCUCCCACUGUCCCAGCCCCUGGCGGAGGGCAGUCUCGUCGGGUCCAGCUCAGCCUCCUUCACGUCUGACCUGGGCCGGGGCGGCGGCGGCGACAAUCACAUGGACAGCCUCUCCUGCGGCGGCGUCACCGCCAAGAUGGAGGCGGACGACUUCCCGACCAGCGACAACUACUCCGACGGCUCCUCCACGCCGUGCACGCCCUCCAUGAGCUGCGAGAUGCCGCACAUGUCCCCCGAGAGCAAGCUGCGCUUCCUGGACAGGAACGGCGGGAGCGGGGGCGGGCUGGGAGUCGGCUCCCUGAAGAAGGGCCGGGUGUACUGCAGCGCCUGCGAGAAGACCUUCUACGACAAGGGCACGCUCAAGAUCCACUACAACGCGGUGCACCUGAAGAUCAAGCACAAGUGCACCAUCGACGGCUGCAACAUGGUGUUCAGCUCGCUGCGCAGCCGCAACCGCCACAGCGCCAACCCCAACCCGCGCCUCCACAUGCCCAUGAACCGCAACAACCGGGACAAGGACCUGAGGGGGGGCAGCAUGUCCGGCGACGAGGGCUCGGAAGGGGAGAAGAGAUCCGAGUACGGCGCCUCCGUCCCCGUCGCCUCGUCGGAGGGCCACAAGUCGGUGCCCAGCUACGUGGUGAGCCACGUGGACACGAGCUCCAAGCUCCACGGCAGCUCCUUCCCCAGCAUGGGCCAGAGCGGCAUCCUCUUCCCCAACCUGAAGACGGUGCAGCCCGUUCUGCCCUUCUACCGCAGUCUGGUCACUCCGGCGGAGCUCGCCAACACCCCGGGGAAUCUGCCCUCCCUCCCUUUGCUCUCCUCGUCGGUUCCCCUUAAGCCCACGAUGUUGCCGGACUACUGCACCGCAGAUCUCAUACCAAAGAAGAAGUCCAGGAAGUCCAGCAUGCCCAUCAAAAUAGAGAAGGAGGCGGUGGAGCAGGACGAAGGCAAGGGGAGCUGUUCCGAGGACGAGGCGUCUAUGACGCAUCACGGCAGGAAAGACCGUCAGGAGAACGGCGACUGGCGAGGGCUAGUGGGGACGGAGAGGAAGAGGAACGAAAUCAGAGGCAUUUACUUUAGCGAGGAGAGGGAAAGAGAGGACCCUAUGCGGCCAUCAGAGCAGAGCCCAGACAGAGAGACCACCAGGGGUGAGGAACCAGGCCAGGGUGAGGCUGGAGACGAGGAGGCUACACGGCAGGGUGAGACGGGUGUGAUCACCUGCGCGUCCUUCCCCUUCGACCAAUCCCGCGGCAAGCGAAAUGCGGACGACCUCUCCCUCUGUCGAGCCGGCGAGGGGGGCAGGAUGGAUUGUGAGCGAGUCCACUCGAUUCCGGCGGAGGACAAGAUGGGCGACCUGGAAGGGUCGGACGGGGAGCGACGGCUGACCAACGGGGGAACCUUCCAGCACCGGGAGUCUGACACUUGUCCGAACAACAACAACAACCACGGCAACAAAACGGACGACGACGACGACUACGGCUGUGACCCGGGGAACGGGCUCUUUGAGUCCGACUCGGGCAUGCCGCACCACUGCGAGCUGUGCAGCAAGACCUUCAAGAACCCCUACAGCGUGAAGAUGCACUACCGCAACGUGCACCUGAAGGAGAUGCACAUGUGCACGGUGAACGGCUGCCACGCCGCCUUCCCCUCUCGCCGGAGCAGGGACAGACACAGCGCCAACAUCAACCUGCACCACAAGCUGCUGACCAAAGACUCUUACUCACCCAGCGGCCCCCACUACGGCCCCUCACCCAUCACCCGGGACCGGGACGCCUCCGCGGCCGGGGCCCUCGACUACUGCUCGGAGCAGAGGGACCGGGACCUCCUCCACCGGGACCCUGCAGGACAGGCUUCCGUCAUCUUCAGGGGCCACAACCGCAUGGGGCUUGUCUUCCCCAUGAGCAAGAUGACCGACCCGCCGUCGGAGCACCCGGCGCUAUCCCCCUCGGAGGACAUGGACCGAGAAGAGACGGGAGAAGCGUUGGGUGGAGGAGGAGGAGGAGGAGGAGGAGGAGGAGGAGGAGGAGGCGAAGGAGGAGGUGUGGACGGGGAGGCGGUGCUCGACCUGAGCACCACUUCCACCUCCACCACCUCGGCCGCUCCAGCUGCCCAGCGCGGUACCCCAUGUGGUGUUCUCCCUCGCUCCUCCUGGGACUCUGACGGAGUGGGCAGCGGCGAGGAGGCCGACGGCCUGGAGGAGGAGGAGGAGGAGGAGGAAGAGGGAGAGGAGGAGGAGGAGGAAGGAGAAGAGUCGGCCCUGCCCAUGGAGUACAGCGACGAGAGCUGUGACGGGCUGGGCGCGGGGAAGCCUGGCAUCGGCGUUGGCGAGGAGGACGGAGAGUCGGGGCUCGUGGGUAACCGAACCCCAGGAGGAGGAGGUUUGGGCGGGCCUCCCCAGGGGGGCCCGCUGCAGGCGGGGGGCGGGGCCGGCGGCGUGGGAGGCGGCAUGGGUUCUCCGAUCACCUGCCACAUCUGCCACAAGGUCUACAGUAACAAGGGCACGUUCAGGGCCCACUACAAGACCGUCCAUCUGCGGCUGCUGCACAAGUGCAAGGUUCCCGGCUGCGACACGUCCUUCUCGUCUGUCCGGAGCCGCAAUAGACACAGCCAGAACCCCAACCUCCACAGGAACCUGGCGGUAGGCUCAGGAACCCCGCUCCUCAACCAGGAGUAGAGAAACCGGACUGAACCAGGCUAGCAUGACUGAUGAGGAUUUCUGUUCACUGUAGCCCGUCUCUCUAGGGGCUUUGUGUGUGUGUGUGUGUGUGUGUGUGUGUGUGUGUGUGUGUGUGUGUGUGUGUGUGUGUGUGUGUGUGUGUGUGUGUGUGUGUGUGUGUGUGUGUCUGUCUAUGUGUGUGUCUCUCUGUGAGGGUGGGCAGCAAGGUAUAACAGGCUUAUCAUUUAGCACUUUUUAAGAAUACUGUUUUUAAAAAAAGGGUGGUCAAACUGUCACUUAAGCGUUGACUAUAGGAUUUAUUUUGCAAAUUUGUGGCCAGAUUAAAACCACUUCCUGAGCAAAAUGUAUAGUUUCCCCUCAUUACCGUAUAGUGUUUGUUAAAAAAACAUGUUGACGUGUUCAAUUGAGCAUUUUCCAAAACCCAACUUAAGUAUUAUUUCAAAGAAAUUGAGACUGAGUAGGCAGAACAUUCCUGCAGUAUCUCCAACAUAAUACACUUAGUAUUUUUCAGUUCAUCUUUUAUUUUCUAUGCAGAAAUAGAUUCUUCUUCUUUUCAUUGCUUUGCCUUAAACGUAAUUUAAACCUCAAAAGCUGUCUCCACACACAGUUUUAGUGUCAGUUUGGACUUUGUCAGACGGCAUCGGGCUGGUUUCGUUGGUUUUUCUUCCGUGGUACCUGUCGUAAACUGUCCACUGUGAAAUGAUGCACAACGUUAUGAACAAAAGCUAGCAGAGUAGAUGUGUGAGCGGUUAUUUUCUUCAUUUAGAGAUGUUCUUUAAAAGAUAAGAAAAAAUAAGUCUUUGUGGAAAAAGAUAUCGUGUUGUAAACUUGAUCGAUAAGUUAUUGUUUGGUGUUGUACAAUCUAAUCCACGUGGUUAUGUUAUCGUUUGUCUUCACUGUUCUGGUUGUGGCAUAUUGCUCAUCUUGACCAAAGAUUUUAUGUUUUGUUUUUUUGUCCAUUCUGGAGAUGUGUAGAUAAAAGAAAAAAAGCAACCUCUGAUUGUUUAUCGAGGUUUAUGCAGUAUUAAAAGAGGCGCCCUCUUUGACUUUGUAACAUCAAAUUCCUACCACGAGAAACGGCACAAUUCAGCUGUGGACUCCGUUUUUCAAAAAGAGAAGAACUUUUGACUGAUACAAAAGAAAAAUACUAUAUUUCUGUGGUCAGUUAUUUUAUUGUAUAUGUUGUUUCCAAAAAAUCCAAACAUACUCAAAGGUAUUAGAUGGACUCAAUAAAAACCGUACAUUUCUUGUACUAUUGGUAUUGGUAUACUACAAACAAACUCAUACACUUGCCUCUGCCAACAACGGUUGACGUUGUUGGGGGAGAAAUGUCAGAAGAUGCCCAUUUUCACAGCAUCUUGAGACUGGGCAUGAUAAACUGUGAAUGAGUCAAACACUGAGGAAACAAUAUCACAAAGAAAACUACAAGGACACUUUUUGAAAUUAAAAACGAGAGCACAGCAAUUUUUACGGAAAUAACCAAUUAUGCACACCCUUACACACACAGACACAAACACACACACACACACACACACACACACACACACACACACACACACACACACACACACACACACACACACACACACACACACACACACACACACAAACACACACAUACACAUAUACACAUAUACUCUCACACACACUCACACACUCUCUGGUAAAGUAACUGGUAAAUAAAAUGUUCUUUGAAUUGUAUAUUCUGUGAAUAGAGUAAUUUGUUAUCUGAAUGAAGCCAAAAAAUAUACUGCAUAUUAUAGCCUCAUUUUACCACAUGCAUUGUCAAAAUAGAGUUUUCUUUUCAACAUUGUCCUGUACGUGACUUAUCACUGGCUAUAAGGUAACGGUCCAGAUGGCCUAUGUACUUUUCUUUUUCUUUUCUCAUUCUGUAUUUAAAAACAAUGAUCUGUAGUUAAUGUUUGUUGUUUAAAUUUGUAAAAGAAAGAGAAAAAACGGAUAGGUGUUCAUGUUGCCUAUGUUGCCUUCGUUAAUGUUACAGUAUUCAUUCAAAUAAAAAGCCAUAACUGUUUCAAA